UUUUCCAUCUGCGUGGGGACUUUGGCCUGACUCUAUACAUACACGUGGGGACCCAUUUACCCGUGGGGACCAAAUUUGAGGUCCCCACCGGCACAACCCCAUUUUGCAGCAUAAAAUGGUGUAUAAACAUGCCUCGUGAAGUUUUCCAGGAAGUCCCCAUGAACCUCAUUUCAAGAUAAAAUUUGUGCGAGUGUUUAAGGCAUGCGCUCCUAGUGGUCACACAGAGUAUUGCAGUCCCCUUUAGGCUAGGUGUUCCGGAAGUGUGCUUCACUGUCUGCUCACUCUCUAGCUCCCCCUAUUGGUCAGAAAGAGUUUUACAAUUUAAUGGUCAAAUUAAACUAAAAAACUAAAAGUUAAACUUUUUAAACUUAAUUUCUUACAGUGUGGGAUUAAUAGAGUAUUUUUAAUGGAAUUUAUUUUAGGUUAAUUUAAAGUGAAGUUUACCAAUAUUUACUUUUUUAUUUAAUUUAUUGCACUUAGCUUAGCACAGCUAAGUGCUGUGAAAACCUAUUGAAACUCAAAAGUUUAUUAUGAUUCUUCUCAGAAAAUAAGCACCAAUUUGGAGGCCUAAGAAUAUUUGAAAACUCAAACUUUGGAGACUCACGAGGGACUGCCAAGGAAAAUGGCAGCAUGCUAAGAGAGCUCUGGAAACCAACAAUUUUCUUUCACAUUUAUCUCGAAUAUACACCUCAAUUUACCCAAAUAUAAAUACGUCUGACAUGCUAAAACCUAAAGUCUUUCUAAGAAGCCAGAUAUUAAUAAUUUACUGACAAAAUGUCAAGCAACAACAAAGCUAACUUUUUCAAAGGUGCAGCAACGAGAAGCAAGCUAGCAGCGAGGACCAGCCCCAUGCCUGACAGCACUUCUGCUAACCUGUUGACAGACUUAAGCUGCACUGAAGAGAAACAUACAAACCCCAACUUCAUGGAAGAAAUAUGGAACAUGAGCGCAACACCACAAAUUGUUGCAGCAGAUGUUGUCUCGGUUAAAGAAAGAAUUAAAGAGUUUAGAGACUGUGGAAAAUAUUCUAAUUAGGCUGAACAGAGGAUAUCCAACAUUGAAGAUGCAAGUGCUCAAGUUUAAAUAGAGGGGCUAAGAAAAGUACUAAAAGUGGCAGCAUGUUCUGUGUUGCUUUGCUUAGUUCUAUGUUGUAUUUCUUUUCUUUUUUCUGUACCAGGUCAGGGUACUUAAGUUUGCAAAUGUUGUUAGUAUUAGUUAUUAUGCUGAUGUGUAUGUGCCUCGUUAAGUGGCAGAUCAAAUCACCUAAAGUAUACCCAAUAGCGAAAGAUGUCUAAGGAAUAUAUUAACAUAAUUUCGUGGAAUAUUAAUGGAUGUGGGCACCCAAUUAAAAAGGUUUUGACUUAUCUAAAAUCCAAGGGUGCUGAUAUUGCAUUCAUCCAACAAUCACAUAUAAUUGGGGAUGAAGAAGCUGCUAAGUUCCAAAGAGGCUGGGUGGGUAAAGCAUACCAUAGCUCAUUUUCAAGCAAACAAAAUGGUGUAAUGAUUCUUGUUAAUAAAAACAUAAGUUUUGUUAUGCUUAAACAACAUAAUGAUAAGGAAGGGUGCGUCAUAUGUGUUGAAGCCUCACUGAACGGAAUUAGGACUGUCCUCUGCAACAUUUAUGUUCCUAAUCAGGAAGAACCCAACUUUCUUCAUAAAAUUAAUAGCAUAAUAGGAAACAAUGAGGGCCAUAUUAUUCUGGGAGGCAAUUUUAACCAGGUGAUGGAUGUAUUUAUUAAUUAAAGUAUGCCAAGGGGGAAACCAGCACCUAAGGACAGGGCUGCAAUCCAAAUGCUAGCACAGGACUGGAGUCUGGUUGCCAUUUCUGUUUUCUUAGUUUUCUCAUGUUUUUCUUAGUUAGGGAGGUAAGUUUUUGUCAUUUGGUUUAUUUACUUUUAUUUAAGUAAGUUGGUUAAUAUUCAGAUAGUUUCCUUUUGUUUGUUGUUUUCGGCACUAGCUCACUCUGAAGUCAUACGCUCCACUUCUUGUAACGUCUCAAUUGAAACAUACAUCUCUUUAAAAUAAAUAUAAUUAUAAAAUGUUCAACUUCGUGUGUGUUGGCCGCUUGGGAUCUGAAGAGGAUGGAUUCUUUAUGUUACGAUCUGGCCACGCCUAGACGGGUCGUAACACCCUACUUAUACAGAAUGGUAUGCGGCACUUUUAGAAACUGCUUCUUAUGAACGACUAAUUUACAAGAUAAACGGUCAGAUUGAGGCGUAUCAGAGUAUGUGGGAACCGUUCUUAAAACCAUAGAGGAAAGGCUCAAACACUAUUGGUCCAGAAUAAAAGAUACAGUGUGUUUGUACUUUUUAUUUACAUUGUUUUAUUUACUUUUUUUUUCAUUUUAUUUUUAUUCUACUUUUUUUUUUCUUUUCCUUUAGCUCCUUCUGCUGGCUGGGGUGGGGGAAGUACGGGAGGAUCGGGAGGGAUUCAGGGGGGAAAAUGUUAAAAACUCAAAUCCUUCUCUGUAUAACUACUCAAGGUUGUUUACUUCACAGUAGUGUUAUUGUCAACAUUGGUUUCACUGUAUGUUUAAUUGUGGAAGGAUUUAAUAAAGAUUCAACAUUGAAAAAAAAAGAAAAAAGAUGGGCUAACCCAAGUUAUCUUCUUGUCAGGCCUGGAGAGACCAAAGGGUACAUUGUCACCAAUGGCCUUCUUAAGAGCUUGUGGAGCAAACUAUUGGUAAAAGAUGAGGGGAGUUGAGAAAGACAUAAUACCAAUUUGUACAAUCAUGUUGAGCAUAUAUGUUAUUGAAAUAUUUACAAGAGGCUGUUAAUUUAUCUAAAUAUGAAGUACUUUAUAGGGUGUUGGUUAAAUCUCAAUUUGCUUUUACAGAUAAUUUCUUCUAUCAAGAAGAAUAUAUAAGGAACUAUGAUAUCUCACUGAAAGAAGGAUUUGAUUUGUUUGACUGACUCUGUUUAAGUUAGAUUUGUUAAAACAAUGAACUGUAGCAUUUUUGAACUUUUAAUUCAAAGUGCUUGGUUGAAGACAAAGAAUGGUUGAAGCAGAGGGAUCAAGAAUCAGCAUGCUACUCAAGCAGGUUGACUGGCUCACAUUUAUGUAUUUAUUUAUCCACAUAUAGUUUUUCUUAUCUACCACAGCCCUCCACCCAGAUUCUCCAUAAUGGGUGCCAUCUCACACACAUCCUGAGAUUUGAUGUCCCCACCUCACCCAUGCCCAUCCCCCCACAACAUUCCUCCAUGGAUUGGAGGGCAACAUGAACUUUUAAUUCAAAGUGCUUGGUUGAAGACAAAGAAUGGGUGAAUCAGCAUGCUACUCAAGCAGGUUGACUGGCUCACAUUCAUAUAUUUAUUUAUCCACAUAUAGUUUUCCUUAUCUACCACAGCCCUCCACCCAGAUUCUCCAUAAUGGGUGCCAUCUCACACACAUCCUGAGAUUUGAUGUCCCCACCUCACCCAUGCCCAUCCCCCCUCUACAUUCCCUCCAUGGAUUAGAGGGAAACAUGCUGAACUAUAAAGUGUAGCAUGUUUGAACUUUUGAUGCAAAAUGUUUGGUUGAAGAUGAGAGGAAUCAAGAAUCAGUAUGCUACUCAAGGAGGUUGGUUGACUGGCUUACAAUUCUUCAGUCUCUUUCUGCAAACCUUCCUAAUUUAUAUAUUUAUUUUUCCACAUCCUAAUUUUCUGAUUUGCUGUAGCCCCUCUGACCAGUCUCUCUGUAAUGGCUGCCAUCUCACACACAUAGUGAGAUUUUGCGUCCCCACCUCACCCAUGCCCAUCCCCCCACAACAUUCCUCCAUGGAUUGGAGGGCAACAUGAACUUUUAAUUCAAAGUGCUUGGUUGAAGACAAAGAAUGGGUGAAUCAGCAAGAAUCAGCAUGCUACUCAAGCAGGUUGACUGGCUCACAUUCAUAUAUUUAUUUAUCCACAUGUAGUUUUCCUUAUCUACCACAGCCCUCCACCCAGAUUCUCCAUAAUGGGUGCCAUCUCACACACAUCCUGAGAUUUUGCGUCCCCACCUCACCCAUGCCCAUCCCCCCACAACAUUCUUCCAUAGCUUGCUCUCAAACUUUGCAGAUUUGACUGGUGUGGAACCUACAAAAUGUCCAUUACAAAGAAUACUUUUUUCUCCUGAAGCAUUACUUUGGGAGAUAAUAAAGUUAACUAAUUAAAUUCCUAGUUUUAUAACUUAAUUGAUCCGCGGUAGAGUUGUGGCGCCAAAGUUAAGGUGUCAUUAGUUAUUAGCACAGGGCUGGGCCGGAAGCCUCUGCUAGCUGCUUUUUGCAACCAAGCAGGAACCCUGGCCUGUGCCGGAGUCUAAAUCAAGCGCUCCUUUUUUGACUGCUACACACCUGCACCGAAGGAGGAGAUUCAGACCUUCAUGCUAACAUCCAGGAGAGAGGGGCAACCUAGCUAAAGAAAAUGACAAGUAGAUCCAGUGAUAGGAGUGACGGAGUGGAGUCUACACCCAGCUGUUCAACAGCUGAAUGGAGUGGUGGAGUGGAGUCUACACCCAGCUGUUCAACAGCUGCAGAUGAGACAUUUGUGCUUGAACCAGAGCAGAGGCAAAUGACUCAAACCCGUGCAGCUCGUCGCCUGCAGAAACUAAAAGCGCAUCACAAUAAAUGUGAGGCUCAUCACAAUAAAUGUGAGGCUCAUCACAAGAAGCUCGUCACAAAGGAAACAAAUCAAGAGUUCUCAUCUGAUGAGAGCGACGAUACCAUCAUCCUUGGUCCAGCACCAACUGAAGUACGGGACAUGAGCGUGCCUGAGCUCACAAGAACUGACAGUGUGAUUCUAAACAAACAAAUGCUUCACUAUUCAGAAGCAUCUCUAUCAAGUUCGGACAUCACCGAAGAGGAGUAUGUUCCCGAUUCAGAGGACUCUAAGAGCGACAGUCUAAACGACAGUGACAGUUCAGCAGAUGAACAGCUCAAGAAGAGAAAGAAAAGAGCCCAGAAAAAUACUUCUUCUCUGGAAGUCCAACCACUUAAAAGAAUGCGUGUGACCACUUCUAGUUCCUUGACCGCAAAAGAUCCUGGAGAAUCUUCUUCAAGUGAUGCAAAAGAUCCUGGAGAAUCUUCUUCAACUGAUGCAAAAGAUCCCGGAGAAUCUUCUUCAACUGAUGCAAAAGAUCCUGGAGAAUCUUCUUCACUUGACGUGACAGUCAUGACCUUGAAAAAGAAGGGAGAUGGCAGUAGGGUUUACAAUAAAAGGUACUAUUGUGCAUUUUGUUGCAAACCUUAUAGCAAAAUGGCACGUCAUCUUGAAUCAAAACAUAGUGACAUACCAGAAGUGGAAAGUGCACUGAAAUGCCCAAAAGGGUCUAGAGAACGACGGAUGCAGUUGUCCGUGAUAAGAAACAAAGGAAACCGGGCCCAUAAUAAUAAAGUCAUAAAAGAGGGAAAGGGAAUGCUCAUUCCCCGCCAACAAUCCACCAAAUCUGCCAAAGCAGGGGAUUACUUGCAUUGCAUCAACUGCCAGGGUUACCUCAAGCGGAAAUCCUUGUGGAGGCAUAUGCAGAGGUGUUAUCUCAGUCAAAAAGUCAAAGGACUGAAGCCAGGAAUAUCUCGAGUCCAAGCCAUUUGCAAAUAUGCAGAGCCAGUACCACACAGUGUCAAUGCAGAGUUUUGGAAACUAAUACUUGACAUGCACCAGGAUGACGUGGCAAAAGUUGUCCAAAGUGAGAAGUGCAUCUUGAAAUUUGGAGAACAUUUGUUCAACAAACAUGGUCAAGAUGUUACAAGACAUGAAUACAUCCGACAGAAGAUGCGCGAAACUGCACGAGUCGUCCUGCAAGGAAAGAAAGAUGGCAAGUUGGAAACCUUGUCAGAUUUCUUUGUGCCAGCUAACUUCCCUCAUGUAAUAGAUGCAGUUAAGAAAGUGGCUGGCUUGGAUGAAAGAACAAAUGUCUUCAAAACACCAUCUUUAGCACUCAAAUUGGGUCACAACCUCAAGAAAGUGGCAAAUGUUCUUGAAUGUGAGGCUAUGAUCUCAGGCGAUGAGAAUACCAUUCACAAUGUGCGAAUUUUCAAACAGAUCUGUGAGACCAGAUGGAGCGAGUGUGUCUCUUCCCAUGCCCUUAGGACUUUGAAUGAGGCUAAGUGGAAUGCUCCUCAGCUUCUUCCCUUUGCUGAAGACGUCAGGAAAAUGCACGAGUAUCUUGAGACAAAAAGGAUGGAGUGCCAGAGGAACCUGAAGGAAGAAGCUGUAAAGAAGAACUGGGCUGAACUUGCCAAGAUCACGCUGUGUGAGGUGAUAAUAUUCAACCGGAGAAGAGAGGGAGAAGUAUCCAAGAUGCCACUGAAUGCUUUCACCUUGAGAGAUACCUCUGUCACCCAUCCAGAUGUGGAGCUUGCUUUAUCGGAACUUGAAAAGAAGCUGUGUAAGCACUUCCAGCGAAUUGAGAUAAAAGGCAAACGUGGUCGAAAGGUUCCCAUUCUCCUCACUCCUGAGAUGGCAUUGUCAAUGGAGUUGCUUAUCCAAAAUCGUCGCAAAUGUGACGUGUUGGAUGAGAAUCCAUACAUGUUUGGGAGACCACAAACUGUCAAUCACUUCAGAGGAUCAGACAUAAUUCGUGAGGUGGCUCAAAACUGUGGUGCAAAACACCCUGGAGCACUGUCCUCUACCAAACUGAGGAAGCACAUGGCCACUAUGUCAAAGGUACUUAACCUAAAGGACAAUGAAAUGGACGACCUAGCUGACUUCCUCGGCCAUGACAUUAGAGUUCAUCGUCAGUAUUAUAGAUUGCCUGAAGGGACAUUACAGUUGGCAAAAAUCAGUAAAGUGUUGCUGGCACUAGAAAGAGGACAGCUCUCCCACUUCAAAGGAAGAAAUCUGGAUGAAAUCAGCAUUGAUCCACAAGAGAAAAUGUCUGUGGACAGUGGAUCAGACACUGAAGAAGAGGUUGACUCAGCUGAGAGGGAUGCUGGAACUUCAUCUUCCAGAUCACCAGAUGUGGAUGGCAACAAAAAAGUAGAAAGUGGUCAAUUCGGGGUGAACAGGAGAUGCACCAUGGAAGUUGCACAAAGCGAUGAUCUGCCCUCAGCAAAAGGCCCACCACAAAAGAAAAGAUUCAAGUGGAGCCAAGAGGAAGUCCAGGCCGUAGAAAAAACACUCUUGGACAGCAUUGAGGCUGGAAAAGUUCCUGGGAAAGCCCAGUGCUUAAAGGCCAUUGAGACCUCGCCAGAAGCCCUCAGAAAUAGGACCUGGCAAGGCAUAAAAUUCUACAUAAAAAAUCGCAUAGAUGCAUUAAAAAGAGAGACUUCCAAGAGAAGGUAAGCGUUGAUCUUUUUUACUUUGAAAGAAAACGGAUCACAGUUUUCAUCACAGCGUGCCAUUAACGCGUCAAUUCUUUUUGGAGUUCUGCCAGUUUUGAGACAGUUGAAAACAUGUAAACCUUUAGUUAUUUUUUACACAUUUAGUGUUCAUUGAAUAUUUCUCAUUAUCAGGUGUUACGGGUUAGCUGUAUUAAAUUUAAACCAAAACUGCAAGUUUAGCUGCACUUUAAUGAAAAUUUUAUUCUCUUCAGUUAAGAGGAGUUAUUGUGUAAAUGUAUUCAGAAUGAAAAAAUUGAUGUUAUAGUGUUUUGUGUCCUGCUCAGGCAGCUUAGACAAAUGGGUUGGUGGGUCUGGCUGCUCAGCAGUGUCAUAGCAGAUUUGUUGUACAAACUUUGAAGAUUUAAUGUUCCUGCCGUUUUUAUAAUUGCCUUAUUUCCUUUUUUUUUUAUUGAACUAAACAAAUGGCAGUCAAGUUUUGGAUACUGUAUGUUCAUGGAUACGUAUCUAUGAAAACGUUCCAUUUAUGUAUACGUUGAACUGUAUGUAUAUUUUUUUGCAACAUUAUGAAAAUUGUGCAAUAAAAUUGUUCACAUACAA